AUGAAAGAAUGUGACCCUCCAGAUGAGCCACUUGAAAUAGUUUAUUCUACCAGAUAUGAAACAGAAGUUAGGCUCCCUUCUUUCAUUAAAAAACUCUUCUGGAAAACACAGAAAGCUGGAUAUUAUAUAAGAUUCAAAUGCUCAGAGGGUUCCAACUUUUUCUUCAAACAUUUCAAAAGAGCUAAAGAGUCUUUUAUGUCAAUAUUUUCAAAUGAUCUGAUGGUCAAAAAAGAACACAAACCAGAAGACGAAGGACCUUUUGCUACAUCUAACUCUGACGUUCAAGAGAUAUGGUUUCCGUCAGAAAUUUGGUUGAAGAUUGUUCAGUAUGAUGUCAACCCAGGUAAUAUGAUAAGGGUAAAUAAACGGUUGUUCAAUUUAUUCUCACCUAUGGUGUAUCAUUCAUUCCACUUAGAUUUGGUAAUAAGCUCAACCUAUCUUUUACAGAAACAAUAUUCACACUACUUGGAUUUCGCUUGGUGUUAUUACUUUCAUCCUCAAGAUCCUUAUAAGCUUUAUGAAAAUUAUCAAAAAUCAAAGACCGCCAACUAUGAAUUUUUGGAUACAUCUCAUAGAAGGUUUCCAAAUGAAGGUUCAUUUAUAUCUAAUGUUGAAUUAAGCUCAGGUGCAGUUGUAGCUAUAAAAACAAAGAUAUUUAGAGACUUUGAAGAUGUUGAAAGAUUCUUCAACCGAACAAUCACAAAUGAGAACUCUUAUUUUAAACAAUUUAUACAAGAGUUAAGCACCAACGUGUCUAUAAUUGAUGAUUUCAAUGAGUUGCUUGAAGAUUGUUAUGCAUUUGGAAAAACUAUUAAGAAUCUAUCAAAGAAUAAAACACUUAAUGUGUUAUCAUGUAACACAGAUUCAUUUCAAGCCUUUGAUUUUUUAACUGAAGAAUAUGAAGAUUGUAUCAGAGAUAAUAUUCAACCACCUUUAUUCGAAGAGCAAACCUUUGAAUUGGUUUCUACUUCACAUUUACCAAACAAUGAUAUUUUUCCAGAAAAUCCUUACUAUAAGCAAAUGACAAUAGCUGGGGUUCUUUUUGACGACCUACAACAACAAAAAGAUAGAAGAAGAUUACAUAAUAUCAAAUCCCAGGAAGAGCUUGAAAUUUAUAAUCCAUUCAAAGCAUGGAAUUCGGUGAAUAAACCUGAAUACAAUUUUGACUCGAAGAAAGCGUCAAGUUCAAAAGGUCCAGGGACAGUUCAAGUUCAUGGUCGUCAUUUUUUCACUGAAGAAGAAACACAUGAAUUCUUAAGUCAUUUUGUGGGAUCUGUUGCUGUAUUUGAGUCACAUAGAAACCUAAAGUCUUCUACUUUAAUUUCAGGUGUUACAAAAGUUUUUGAUAAUUCUCAAAGUACACAUGAUAAUGAUCCCCUAGAUAUUCCAUAA